UAGAUUAGUAUUACUGCUGCUAAAAAAUAUUCAAAGAUUUCGAAUCUGGGUUUUAAAUUGCUGUAACAGGAUUAAGUAAAGGCUGAUCAAAGGGUAAUUUGGUUCUUUCAAAAAGUGCGGAAGCCCGGGAAGCAACCAAAAUGGAAAACGAGUAACUGCUCUCUGAAAGUGUCAACGGCCUGGUUUACCAAAGCCAUAAGCACACGACAAAAAGAUAAUCUUCAUUCCUCCAUUAUUAAACAAAUCGAAACGUUUAUUCGCUUCUGUUCUUCUCUACAAUCCAGCUCUUUCAUGGCUGUCAAGUUUCAGACACUGGUUUUUCUCAAUCUGGUGAUUGUGUCUUUCAUUUCUGUCCUCCCUCUCUCUUAUUCCCAAGGUUCUCCUCAGAAUAUCGAAGUUUUCUACCCAUAUCAACCUCCACCUCCUGACCCGGAAGCAAGUUCACCAAAACCUUCAAAUUCUCUUCCAAGUCCAGAACCGCCGCCGCCAUCACCAUCAUCUUCAUCGAAUGACACUAACAAGACUAUUGCAAAGGCAGUAGCUGCAACUGCUGCAAGCACUAUAGUUAUUGCAGGGAUUUUUUUCUUUUUCAUUAGAAAGUAUGUUCUUGCACAGCGCAAAACAGAUAGAGUUGGGGAUAGUUCCCAGGGAGGUCAGCCUGGAGUGCCUCCAGAUGAGUUUGAAAGAGUUAAUGGGAAUAUAAAGGGGUUAAUUGUAGAUGAGAAUGGUUUGGAUGUGCUUUACUGGAGACAGCUUCAAGACGGAGAAAAUAUAAACGGGUUUCGUAAAGGAAUUUUGCGUAGUCCUAAAGAUGAAGAAGAAGGAAGAGGAGGGAUGGUUCGUAAAGGAAGUCGAAGCAAGAAGGCAGAGCCUGUACAGGAAAUUCCUCUGCUUCGCGGGAAGUCUUCCACUUCCCAGGUUCCACCUCCUGAAGAUGACGAUUCAAGUGAAAUUAUAGGUCCUCUACCUCCUCCCCCAUCUCAUGGGAUUGUCCUAAAAGCUGUUGAGAAAAGGGAAGCACCGGUUCAAUCAAAAUUUUUGCCUCCAGCAUCAAUGUCACCUCCACAACCUCAAAUUCUAGCACCUCCGUUACCAAUUCAAAACAACACAAAUAACAGUCAAGUGACACCUCCACCUCCACCUCCACCUCCACCUCAACCAGCUCCAUCAAAUAGAACUCCUGCACCGCCACCUCCACCGGUUCCAGCAAAAAGACCAGCCCCACCACCUCCACCUCCUAAAGCGGGUGAUUCAGCUACAUCUUUGAAACCUCCCCCAGCAGCCAGGGAUAAAUCCGGUAGGGGUAAACCAGGGGAGGCUUCUGGAGAUGGUGCCACAGAAAACGGAAAUAAUCAGGUGAAAUUGAAGCCGUUGCACUGGGAUAAGGUGAACAAGAAUGUUGAACAUUCGAUGGUGUGGGACAAAAUCAAUGGCGGUUCUUUUAAGUUUGAUGAUGAUCUUAUGGAAGCUUUGUUUGGAUAUGUUGCAACAAGUAGGAAAUCCCCUACUAGUAGUAGUAACUCAAAGAAUGCAAGGAGUACUGACACUAGCUCAUCAUCACAAAUCAUGGUUCUUGAUGCUCGAAAAUCCCAGAACGUAGCAAUUGUGCUCAAAUCUCUGGCUCUCUCUCGUAGGGAACUACUUGAAGCCCUAAAUGAAGGGCAAGGCCUAGAGGCAGAUACUGUUGAAAAGCUCAUGAGAAUUGCCCCCACAGAAGAAGAACAGUCUCAAAUUCUUAAUUUUAAUGGAGAUCCAACAAGACUUGCCGAUGCUGAAUCCUUUUUGUUUCACAUUUUGAAAGCUAUUCCAUCAGCCUUCACACGUCUUAAUGCCAUGCAGUUUAGAUCAAACUAUGACUUGGAAAUUCUCCACAUGAAAGAGUCGUUACAAACACUAGAGUUAGGGUGCAAGGAGCUUCGCUCUCAACGACUGUUUAUGAGACUCCUAGAGGCGAUCCUCAAGGCUGGCAAUCGCAUGAAUGCUGGAACUGCCCGAGGGAAUGCUCAAGCUUUUAACCUUACUUCUCUACUUAAGCUCUCUGACGUUAAAAGCACUGAUGGAAAGACUACUCUACUCCACUUUGUGGUAGAAGAAGUAGUCCGGUCCGAGGGAAAGAAAUGUUUUAUUAGCAGGAGUCGUAGCCUCAGUCGCAACAGCAGCCGAAGCAGCAACAGCAGCUCUGAUCAUUCAACACCGAAAGAGGACAGAGAGAAGGAAUAUGUAACGCUUGGAUUACCAGUGGUAGGAGGCCUCAGUGCUGAGUUCACUAAUGUGAAGAAAGCAGCCACAAUAGAUUUCAACACAUUUACUGGAACUUGCUCAUCUCUUACUGCUCGUGUGGCAGAAAUUAAACAGCUUGUACUGCAAUGUAUGGCUGAUGGGAAAGGAGGAUUUGCGAAAGAAAUGAAAGGGUUUAUUGAUGAUGCUGAAGAGGAACUAAAGGUUAUAAGGGAGGAGCAAAACAGAGUGAUGGAUCUUGUAAAAAAAACCACAGAGUAUUAUCAAGCAGGGGCAAAAAAGGAUCCUUUCCAAAUAUUUGUUAUAGUUAGAGACUUUCUAGGUAUGGUCGACCAAGCCUGUGUAGAAAUAGCUAGGAAUCAACAAAGAAGGAAGUCAUCAACUGGAAGUUACGGAUCACGAUCACCAAAUUCACAAGAAUCAAGAACCAAAAUGAGGUUUCCAAUCUUGCCAGCAAGUUUCAUGACAGGCAAGUCCGGGAGCAAUUCUAGCGACUCAGAUGUAGAUUCGUGAACAUGAAGAGGUCUUCAUCAGAAAGGCAAUGUACAGAAACUUCAUAGUAAAAUUCUAGAUUCAGAACAAGUACAGCAAAACGAUUUUUGAAUUCUUCCAUUUGUUUUGUACCAAAUUUUGAUGAAGUGGUAAAUAUAUUGAUGUCUGAUUUUUCUGAUUUAAA